CCAUUCUUUCGUAUCCCUUGUUGAUUUAGCUCAAGCAUCGACUUUUCGCAAUGGCACCGAUCAAAAAUAACGAUUCAAUUAUAGUGAUUGGGGCUGGUGUAUUCGGACUUUCUACCGCAUUAGAGCUUUCCAAACGAGGAUAUAGAAAUAUCACCGUGUUAGAUCGCCACGUACCGCCCGUGGUUGACGGCAGCAGUGUUGAUAUUUCUCGCAUCAUUCGCAUCGAUUAUGCUGACCCGUUGUACGCCCAAAUGGCCCGUGAGGCCUACCAAGGUUGGAUCAACGAAUAUACAGAUUUCUACUACGAGUCAGGUUUUGUGAUGUUGGCAGACACAUUUUCAAAUCCGUAUAUGAGCAAGGCUAAGGAGAUAGUAAAAUCUCAGGGUGGAAGAUUGGAUGAAUUCAACGAUGCGAAUCAGAUACGCAGCCUAUACGCGAAUGUUCAAGCAGAUUUGGAUGGUCUUUUUGCUGUACACAAUCCGAUCGGAGGAUGGGCAGAUGCCGAGAGAAGCAUUCAACACCUAGCCCGUCAAUGUAAUAUGGCAGGUGUGUCGUUUAUCACAGGGCCACGAGGCACCGUUCAUUCGCUUCGAAAGAGCGGAACAAGAGUGGUAGGUGUAAACCUUACAGGAGGAGGCUAUCUUUUAGCAUCACAAGUCAUAUUAUCUACAGGUGCUUGGUCUAACCGGCUUGUUGACCUUUCGCACGCAGCUUCUGCUUCCGGCCAGCCGGUAGGUUUUAUUAAACUAACACCAGAAGAGUCUCGGGAGUUAGAAAACACUCCUGUCAUGAUAAAUAUGAGUACUGGCGUUUUUUGUUUCCCGCCUACACCUGGUACGAAUAUUCUCAAGCUUGCUCGACACGGUUAUGGGUUCGCAACCGAAACGACAUCAGAAGCCACCGGGAGAUUGAUCUCCUCGCCAAAACGAGAUGGAAGCAAUGCAGAAUCUGGUUAUCUACCGAACGACGCCGACGAAGGGCUUCGUGAAGGGCUUCGACAGUUUUUCCCUAAGCUCAAAGGCCGUGAUUGGAUGAACCGACGUCUUUGUUGGUACACCGAUACUCCCGGCGGCGAUUUUAUUAUUGACCAUCACCCAAUACUGGACGGGCUGUUUGUUGCCACAGGUGGUGCAGGACAUGCGUUUAAAUUUCUUCCUGUUUUGGGUCGCUAUGUUGCCGAUUGUUUUGAGAAUACUGCCUCCCAAUCUAUACGAAGGAAGUGGCAAUUGCAGGUACCGGUCGAAGGUGCGCAGGCUUCAUCAACUAUGAUGGGAGAUGGAAGUCGUGGAGGCCCUCCAUUGCGGAAGCUUAAUGCAAUAGAACAGUCGAAGCUAUAA